AUGAUCGGAUACUUGGGAAAUCUUUUACAUUUCAGCCCAAGACCCGUCUACUUCUGUAACGAAGGGUGUCCUUUGGGGGUGCUCGCUCUGACCGAGGUCUUCACGACAAAUCAAGCGAGCCUGGGGUGCAUUAGUGAGAACAAGAGAAAUGCCAUCGAAGAAGUGCUUCAGAUCAACGACUUCAUCACUGUUCCGACGUUCUUCGUGUUAGUUGUAGAAGAAACAAAACGAUUCUCUCCGAUCGAACAUUUUUCAGGUUUCAAGGAUGGUGGAAAACAAGAAAAAGCGACAUCAUCGUCAUGCACAUCUGUUCGGAUUGUUGUCGAAAGCCGGAAUACGAGUCUUCCAUCACUUUCCUCGAAUGGCUUAACUACACAGCACCGCGAGACAAUGACGAGAUUUCCGAAGUCAUCGAGUGGACAACCGGUGCGUGGCUAUGCGAAACGAAUCGAUGUGCACACACAGGGGUGCAAAACGCAAGGUCACCUAAACGCGCUCCGUCUCACAGCGGCUGGCACCGUGCCAAAAAAGGACUUGGCUGAGUGCCAAGUUCAAGUUUAG